UAUGUCACAUAGUUGAUGUUUAUAAAGUAAAUUAAUAUUAUUUUUAACCCAGCAUCCAUAAAAGUCAUAAGUAGUGAAUAAUUAUAUGGAAAUAUAGAUAAGUAAAUGGCAUCUUCCGCUGGAAUUUAUAAACGAAUAUUGUCGUUGAUAGAAAAGUGUCCUGUCGAUAUAAAUAAAGCAGGAGGGAGGGAUAUAAGUGAUCAUUUGAAACAAUACGUAAAUACGGCUUACAAGGAAAAUAAAUUUGAAUCAAAUCACAGCUAUUGGGAUAAACAAUAUAUUGCUCUUCAAAGAUUAGUGAAUAAUAAUCAUAAAAACAAAUACAAAAGAACACUUGCAUCUUCUGCUACAGGAUUAACAGCAGAACAGUGCAACAUCGCCUUGUCCAACGAAUAUUUGAGUGAAGUUAAUCAAAAAGAACAGUCAUUCUUCAAAAAAUUAAUAUCUCUUAAAUCCGAACCUUAA